AUGCCACCAAGGACGCUUUCUAUGCGGAGCUCGACCGAGCUUAUGGCCGCUGUCCUUCCCAUGACAUUAAAAUUCUCCUCGGGGAUUUUAGUCCGUAGUACUGGAUUCCGUCAUUUGGACAUCCAUAAGGCAUCUUGGCUCUCCCCCGAUCGACUGACGAGAAAUCAGAUUGAUCAUGUUGUGAUCGAUGCAAGGCACGCAUCUAAUAUACUCGACGUGCGUUCCUGUCGGGGUCCCAACAUCGACUCCGACCAUUAUCUUGUUGCAGCUAAGAUUCGCACACGGCUAUGUGUGGCGAAGAUUGCACGUCGAAAAGAAGUGCUUGGAUUCCAGCGUCCUCUAACAAGGAAUCCAUGGUACGAUCAGGAGUGUCAUGACGCAACAGCUGCAAAGGACGCCGCCUACAGAAGAACACUGCAGGCUGGGGCGACACGAGCUAUUGUGGAUGUCUACAGGUCGAGAAGAAGAGACGAAAAACGCCUUUUCAGACGCAAGAAGAAAGAGCAGGAAAGGCGAGAGUGUGAGAGCAUAGAGAGCAUAGAGAGCAGCAGAUGCAGAAAUGAAGCACGUAACUUCUACCAGAGGGUCAAGCGUCUGACCCAAGGAUUUAAGUGCACAGACUCUGAAGACUAUGAUUCACGAACCCCAAUCUAUGGCACUGAUAUUGAAGUGCCAAUCCCAAGUCAUAUCGAAGUCAAGGAUGCAAUCCAACGGCUUAAAAACAGCAAGUCUGCAGGUGCUGACGGCCUGCCGGCAGAAUUGUUUAAGGCAGCUGGUGAUAUGUUGGUAGGGAGCAUGCACCAACUAAUCAGUAAGAUAUGGAUGACGGAGAGCAUGCCCGAAGAUUGGAACCUCAGCAUGAUCUGUCCCAUCCUGAAGAAGGAUGAUGCCACGUUGCGCACCAACUACCGCGGAAUUAGUCUUCUUCCAGUUGCAUACAAGGUCCUAACGAGCGUAUUGUGUGAAAGACCGAAACCCCAUGCUGAAGCACUGAUUGGACCUUAUCAGUGCGGGUUCAGGCCUGGCAAGUCCACCGUUGACCAGAUUUUCACCUUGCGCCAAAUCCUGGAGAAGUCUUACGAAAACCAGAUCGACACGUACCAUCUCUUCGUUGACUACAAAGCCGCAUUUGAUAGCCCCCGGCGAGAUUGCCUAUAUGCCGCCAUGUCUGAGCUUGGUAUACCAGCAAAGCUGACUAGACUUUGCAGAAUGACAUCGAGCAACACCAUCAGCUCUGUCAACGUAGGAUGUGGCCAAUCCGAAACCUUUACUACCAAAUGUGUCCAGCUCCUUGGUUACGCUGAUGAUAUUGAUAUCAUUGGCCGCACCAAGCGUGAUGUCACAGGAGCCUUCGCGGCUAUUGAAAAGGAAUCAGCAAAAGUAGGACUAGCAGUGAAUAUGGAGAAAACAAAGUUUAUGGUGUGCUCUAGCAGAGAAUCGCGGCGUCUUGAUUCUCAGCUGACUGCAGAAAACUAUAGCUUUGGGUCCGUCAAGUGUUACUUUGGGCUCAGUAAGCAGUUCAAUAGUAGAGCUCUCUCUCGACGCACAAAAACCACACUCUACAAGACGCUCAUUCUUCCAGUACUCCUAUAUGGUGCGGAGUGCUGGACAGUGACGCAGUCAGAUGCAGCUGCUCUUGGAGUGUUCGAGAGGAAAAUUCUUCGUAAAAUCUUUGGUCCAAUCUGCGUGGACGAUGUUUAUCGCAUCAGAUAUAACCACGAGCUGUAUGAGCUGUACGGUGAUGUUGACGUGGCCAGUCGAGUGAAAUCUCAAAGACUUCGCUGGCUGGGCCACGUUGCCCGUAUGGAUGAAGACGCUCCGGCUCGUAAGGUGUUUGAUGCGGUGAUUGUUGGGACAUGA